UGCAUUGAGGUUAAAUCAGAAAUAAGUAAAUCAUACCGACUGCCUUAACUGCUGCUGCUCGUACCAAGAAAUCUGUGAACCAAAAUGGCUUUAUCUGUUCCCAAGGCUCCUGGAAUGGCGCAAAUGCUGAAGGAUGGUGCGAGGAUGUAUAGCGGCCUGGAGGAGGCAGUUUAUCGAAACAUCAGCGCCUGCAAGGAGUUCGCACAGACAAUGCGCUCUGCUUAUGGACCAAAUGGCAUGAAUAAGAUGAUUAUUAAUCAUAUUGAGAAGCAAUUUGUGACGAGCGAUGCAGGAACAAUUAUGCGAGAGCUGGACGUGGAACAUCCAGCCGCCAAGCUAAUUGUGAUGGCCAGUCAGAUGCAGGAUGCUGAGGUGGGCGAUGGUACAAAUUUUGUGGUUGUGUUCGCAGGCGCUUUGCUAGAGUCAUCCGAGGAGCUGCUCCGUUUGGGGAUUACCACUGCCGAAAUUUCAGAUGGCUAUGAGUUGGCUUUAAAUAAAGCAUUAGAGAUACUCCCAAAGUUGGUAUGCCAUAAAAUAGAAGAUUAUCGUAACGUCAAUAAAGUGAAGGAGGUACUGCGCGCAGCCAUCAUGUCGAAGCAGUACGGCCAAGAGGAUUUCAUCAAUAACCUAGUGUCUAAGGCCUGUGUGUCUAUAUUGCCUGAUGAAGGUACUUUCAAUGUGGACAACAUACGCGUAUGCAAAAUUUUGGGAAGCGGACUUGCCAAGUCUGAGGUGGUGCGUGGAAUGGUCUUCAAGCGUUUUGUUGAAGGCGACGUCACCUCAGCGGAGAAAGCAAAAGUGGUUAUAUUCUCGUGUCCAGUCGAUAUCAUACAGACGGAAACUAAGGGCACAGUGUUGAUCAAAUCGGCCGACGAACUGAUGAAUUUUUCAUCUGGCGAGGAGAGUCUGCUGGAAGCGCAAAUCAAAGCCAUUGCCGAUACGGGUGUCAAGGUCGUAGUUUCUGGUGGUAAGGUAGGCGACAUGGCCUUACAUUACUUAAACAAAUACGGACUGAUGGCUGUACGUUUGAAUUCGAAAUUCGACUUGCGCCGCCUGAGCCGUGCCGUUAACGCUACCGUUCUUCCACGUAUAACAACGCCCAGUCAAGAGGAGCUUGGCUAUUGUGACAAGGUGUGUGUUGAAGAGCUUGGCGAUACGGGAAUUGUUGCUUUUAGAAAUGAUGGUAAGGACUCGCACAUUUCCACCAUUGUCAUACGGGGCGCCACCGACAACUUCAUGGAUGACAUUGAGCGUGCUGUGGAUGAUGGCGUAAACAAUUUCAAAUGUCUUACUCGUGAUGGCCGCUUCCUCCCCGGCGCUGGAGCCACAGAAGUGGAGCUGGCUACGCAACUCGCAGCCUACGCUGACACAUUGCCAGGUUUGGAACAGUACGCUGUCCGCAAGUUCGCCACUGCACUUGAAGUGUUCCCUAAAGCAUUGGCUGAGAAUUCCGGUAUUAAUGCCACCGAAAUUGUUAACCAAUUAUAUUUGGCGCACAAUGGUGAAAGUGGCAAGAAUAUCGGCCUUGAUAUUGAAGCUGAGAAAGCUGGCACAAUCGAUGUGACCAAAGCCCAUAUUUAUGAUCUGUAUCAAUCAAAAUUCUGGGGUCUUAAGUAUGCGGUAGGUGUGGCCACAACUAUUUUGAAGGUCGAUCAAAUUAUUAUGGCUAAACGGGCUGGAGGCCCAAAACCACGACAGGCUGCUGGCAGUGAUGAUGAGAAUUAAUUAUAUUUAAUAGAUUCAUUUCAAUCUAUGUCCUCAUGCAUUUCAAAAAAUUGUCUUGCUUCACUCAUACAUUAGUUUCUGUCACUUGAAAAUGCAAAAUUUCAUUAACUAACAAUCACCCACAAACACAUGCAGUAAGUUGCUUGUAUUAAUAAACUAAACCUAUAAAAACAAAUAAA